AUGAUCCCGAAGAACAUCUUGAGACUAUGUCAAAGCGGCGUGUCAGUUAGCGCCGAGUUGGCCAAGAAUCCAACUCUGUCCGCUCACGAGGCCGCUGAACAGCUCUUUCAUCACGACAUUGAAGACGAAAAGGUGACCAAGAAGGUGGCACUGGACGAUGAGACGGAGGAAGACCUCAACCAGGCGCUCGCUUGUGGUAGGUGGGGAACGGCAGAGCCGUCCAAAUUGUUUCUACGAAUCUUCCACGAUGUCUUGUGUACACUGGAGAAGAAUCCACUCGCCGGAGUGUGCUCGCCCUCGCUGAUGGGCAGUACCGGUGUGUGCCCACUCACCAUCAUAGCACCGAUACCAGACAUCUGUCGGCACAUGUCCAAUGUCAUCGCCCGAGCAGAGGAGGAGGUCUUCCUCGCCACCAAUUUCUGGAUGCAUUCCGAGCCUACCAUGUUGAUCACCAACUCAAUCAAGGAGCUCAACCGCAAAGCCGUCGCGUUGAACAAACGAAUGGUCGUCAAGAUCAUAUACGACCGAGGUAGUCCCAAACAGGCGACACAGUUUAUCCACAACCACCUCGUGGUAGAACCCAAGACGUAUGCCGAUCCUAAUGGGCCCAUUCGUCUACCGCAUCCAAACGACAUACCCAACAUCGACCUCGAGGUCAUCAAUUACCACCAACCUGUCUUUGGGACUUUCCACUGCAAGUUCAUGAUUGCAGACCGAAGGAUCGCCAUCAUCCAGAGCAACAACAUCCAGGACAAUGACAAUCUGGAGAUGAUGUCUCAGUGGGAAGGGCCAAUUGUGGAUUCAUUCUACGACAUGGCCCUCAUAUCCUGGCACAACGCCAUGCGUCCUCCCCUCCCUCGCCUGGACAGACCUGCUUCAGGACAACCCACCCCCACAUUCGACUCGGACUCUUAUGCUACCUUGUUUGACCAAAGUGGGAAUUUGAAAGAAGUCUAUCAUCCGACGGAGACAAUGCCCCACGGCCAUGAGAAUCUGCGCGACCUGGCCGAGGAUGGAUCACAGACAAGGAUGCCAAUGCAUACAUCCAGUGAUCCUCACUACGACCCAGACAUAAAAUCGGAAGUCCUGCGUGCCACAGCUAGCAUGCAUCCUCGGCAGGGUGAACGGCGCAUAGAUGCCGUCACUCGCCUCCUGAACACGACCAUCCAAAAGGACACCAAGGCCAGCGCGCCAGACAUCUCCCCCGCCGAUGCCAUGACGCCUUUUAUUCCCCUUCCCAGGCACGACCCCGUCCCCAUGGCCAUGGUGUGCAGGGAGCCGUGUGGCAAGCCGGGCAAGGGCUCGUUGCAUACUCCGCAAGACGAAGCGUUUGCGUCGGCCCUCCGCCACGCCGAGCGGUCCGUCUUCAUCCAAACCCCAAACUUGAACGCCGAAGAUCUUAUCCCGGAAAUCGUCAAGGCGUGUCGUCGCGGUGUGCACGUGGAGUACUGGUACUGUCUCGGGUACAAUGACGCGGGUGAGUUGCUGCCGGGUCAGAAUGGUCACAACGAGAUGAUCGCGCACGGCUUCUACGAGGAGCUCGAACAGCAGUACCACCAGAACCUGGACAUCCACGCCUACGUGGCCAAGGACCAGGUCCACCCGAUCCACAACAAGUUCAAGAAGCGGUCCUGUCACAUCAAGAUCAUGCUCGUGGACGGGCACAUCGCCAUCCAAGGGAACGGCAACCAGGACACGCAGAGCUGGUACCACAGUCAAGAGAUCAACGUCAUGUGUGACAGCGCGUUGAUCGUGGGCAAGUGGAUGGAAGGGUUGAGGCAGAAUGAGAAUACUCACGUCUACGGCAAGGUCGAAAAGGACGGGCCUGAUUCUGGGUGCUGGAAGGAUCCCCAAACUGGGCGGCAGGCCGAAGGAGCCAUCGGCGUCGACCCCGGCAAGUUUGCCUGGGCCAGAGGCUUCAUUGGCGCCGUGCAGCGAGUCCGUGGUGUCGGUGGGUUUUAG